CUGGUGGGCAACCGCGGCCUGGCACCCCAGCGCCCAGGAGCGCUCGCCCUUUGCCCCGGCCACGGCCCCUCGUGCCCCUGUGCGGCCGGCGGCCCGAGCCCCGCUGCACACGCGGGGUGCCCGGGGGUCCCCGCAAAGCCGGGCCGGCGGCGGAGGCUCGGCGCUGCCCGCGGGUGCGGAGCAGAGGGCGGGGCGGGUUUCCUGGCCUUGCAGGUGACCCGUUUCCCACGCCGCCGCGCCGUGCCGUGCCGUGCCGUGCGGUGCGCGGGGCUCGGCGCCCGGGGCCGGACUACAGCUCCCGGCAUGCUGCUGCCGCCGCCGCCCGGGCGCUCCUUUGUGCCCGCACACAAGUUCCUGCGAGCGGCGGCCAUCGCCCGGCAGCGCCGUGUGGACGCGGCCGUGCCGGUGCAGCCGCCGCGCUGUCGGACAUGGAGCACCCAGGGAAGCACUGCACCAAGGCCCAGCAGAUGCCGUGGGAGCGGGCCGGAGCCGGAGCUGGAGCCGGAGCCGGAGCCUGCCGCACAGGUCUGGGCGACAUGAAGCCGAGGGUGUUCCUGAAGGCGGAGCGGGAGGAGGAGGCGUGCGGCAGGGCGGUGCCGGAGCCGGCGGCGAGGGACAUUCCCGACGUCCCAGGCUGGUCGGGCCCGAGUCACGAGAUCGAGGUGAAGCUGGAGCCAGACGACGACUCGUACCCCGGGUACCCGCAGGACCUGGAGGACAGCGAUGACACUGCCUACCCCAGCGUGGGUAUCAAACCAGAGGUUGUGGUGAAGAUGGAGCCGGAGGACGACUCGUAUGGCGAGUGCUCCCAAAGCUACAGUGGGCAAGGCCUUUCCGACGACCCCUACUCCUGUGACGGCAACCCUGAGAUCAUCGUGAAGGUGGAGCCGGACGAGGAGGCGUACAUUGGGUACCCGCAGGGCCUGGGCGAAGGGGACAGCCCCGACUAUGCCGGCACAGCAGGUGGUGGGGCCCCGGGCGCUGGCCAGAAGCAGCCCAAAGACGAGCCUGAAGACGUGAAGCCGCCGGCUUCGCCCGCUGUGCCCCGGCCUGAGCCCGGUGUGAACCAGUGGACAGUACAGCCCAUGCCGGGUGGCCCCACCGGGGAGCUGCAGAGAGCCAUGCCUCCAGGCCCGCCUGCUGCUGCCACCACCACCACUACCGCCGAGCCCGGUGCAGGGAAGGACCCAGCGCCCACGGCCACCCCGGAGCCAUCGAAGAGGCCGCGGAGCCAAGGAGCAGAGCGCCCGUUCGCGUGCCCGGAGUGCGGGAAGCGCUUCCAGCACCGGGGCAACCUGGUGACGCACCUGCGGGUGCACACGGGGGAGAAGCCGUUCACCUGCGGCGUGUGCGGCAAGAGCUUCAGCCAGAAGGGCGACCUGAUGCGGCACCAGCGCAUCCACACGGGCGAGAAGCCCUUCGCCUGCGGCGUGUGCGGCAAGAGCUUCUGCUCCAAGCAGACCUUCGUGCUGCACCAGCGCAUCCACACGGGCGAGAAGCCCUUUGCCUGCGGGGACUGCGGCAAGCGCUUCAACCGCAAGGCCAACUUCCUGACGCACCAGAAGAUCCACCGCGGCGAGCGCCCCUUCGUUUGCCCGCAGUGCGGCAAGGGCUUCUGUGCCAAGAAGACCUUCCUGCUGCACCAGAAGAUCCACGUGGGCGACCGCCCCUUCGGCUGCUCCCAGUGCGGAAAGAGCUUCAGCCGCAACGGCGACCUGACGCGGCACCAGCGCAUCCACACCGGCGAGCGCCCCUUUGCCUGCGACGACUGCGGCAAGAGCUUCAGCCACAACGGGGAGCUCAUCAAGCACCGGCGCAUCCACACGGGCGAGAAGCCGUUUGGCUGCGACCUCUGCGGCAAGAGCUUCAACCGCAAGGGCACCCUGGUGACCCACCAGCGCAUCCACACCGGGGAGCGUCCCUAUGCCUGCCCCGACUGCGGCAAGACCUUCAACCUCAAGACCACGCUCAUGAAGCACACGCGCAUCCACACCGGCGAGCGCCCCUUCCCCUGCAGCGUCUGCGGCAAGAGCUUCAAGUACAAGGGCAACCUGCGCACCCACCACCUCACCCACACCGUGGAGCGUGUCUACCCUUGCACCGAGUGCGGCCGCGUCUUCAGCCGCAAGAAGGAGCUGGCCGCCCACCAGAGCGCCCAUGCUGGCGACCCCCUCCUGGCCUGCUGCCGCCAAGGGGACUCCUUCCCCCCCUUCCUGGCCGCGCACCCGCUGCUCAUGCCCUGCGCCCCCAUCCAGAUGCCGCUGGAAGCUGUGGGCAAGUACAAGUGAGCAGGGGAGCAGGGGGGGCUGCUGCUGCCUCCGUGGGGGACUUCAAGAUCUGGGACCCCUGCCCCUGCCCCAGAGAGACACCGGCUCUGUACCAACCACGUGCCCCACGGGAGCUCGGUGCACCUGGGGCCUGCACAUCACAGAUGCUUGGGAACCUGCAAAGGAUCCAGCCUUGCCCUGAAGGAUGCCAAAGAAGAUGCAGCAGUUCCCCUUGCUGGGGUGGGAGUGCGGUCCCAGGAGCCCCUGGGUGCGUCAGGCUCGGUCUGUCUGGACAAUGGCUAUGACACCCCUGGAUGCCCCCCGCUGAGGAAGGGCUCUGGGGCAUGGCCGGGGCUCGCUGAUGGGGCUUGUCUUACUACUGAAUCGGGUCGGGCUGCCAUGGCUUCCUUCUUGGCCGCAGAAGGACAGCGAGGGUUGGGGCCUCGGGAAGGAGGAUGCUGUGUGUGGCCUCGCUGCUAACGGUCCCCUAACGGCUCCGUGAAGGUGAACAGUUGCUGCAUGGACCCUGCCAGCCGGCGCCUCUGCCUGCGGAGCCCAUGGAUGAGCCACCCCGGAGCAAAGGACCGUAGCGCUGUCGUGACCUGUUCUCACGGAGCGUGGGCUCCACGCAGGAUGGCCCCAGUCCCGGCCACAGCGCCUGACCCUUGCCGAUGUUGUCCGGAGAACCGCGAGCGGUGGAGAUGGCAGAGCCCCCUCCGGCCGUCUCUCUUGCCCCCUCUCCAGCGCGGAGGGCUUCCUGCUGUGUAUUUAGGACCGUGCCCAGCGGCCUCAACCCCCCACGAGAGCCGUGCGCGUUGUAACAGACACUGACUCUUUCUCGCCUUGUACAAAGGGACUCGGGUGUAGUUGCUAGUUUCGAAGGGAUCGCGGUAGCCUCCACGUUUGCUGUCCCCCUGCAUGGGGCUCGUGCGCUGCUAGAGGGCGAGGCAUGGAGACGGGCUGAGAACGCCUCUAACGCCAUCUCAGGCUUCCCCUCAGCUGUGUCUCUUCGGCCCAUCUCUCUGCUCCUGUGCAGAUGCUUCUGGGGGAAGGAUCCAACAGCCUAGUCUUUCCUCUGUCUCAGGGAGCAUCCUCGGCUUGGGUUCAGCAUCACCCCGGUGUUCCCCCGUUUGCCGAGGGGUCCCUAGGCACGGUCCACUCCUGGGCUGUCCCCCCAAAUCCACACCCAUCCCCAGCUGCUGGCAUUACUUCCCUCUGGCAUUGCGCUGGGGUUUUGCAGCUGCGCUGGGCUGGCGGCGUGCAGGGACCAUGGCAUUGUGGCCAGAGUGAAGGGGCCAUCCCUCUUCGCUCUUUGCUUGUCGUGUUUCCCUCUCGUGCUCCCGGCUUCUUCUGGAUGGUGGGUGGAGGAGGGAGAGGGAUCUGCAGCUCCUGGCCCCUGCUGGGCACGUGCCCCUGGCACCACGCCACGCCACGCCGUGCUGCACCUUUGCUCAGCCACCCUGCAGCCGGUGCGCAGCCCACGCUGCCAGCCAGUCUCCUGAAGAAUGAACUGCAGUGGUAACAGGGCAAUUAACACUGCCACCCCUCUCUACUGCCCACUUUGCGGCUGGAUGGGGCCCCGCUGUGCCCAUCCUGGGCAUGGGAUUGGGACCAUCAGCCGGAUCCAGCCCUUGGACGGACCGGGCAUUGCCCAUUCGGCUUGCCAGACAAAAAGAUUGAGCACUACUGUUACAGAGGGAGAGCACUGAACCGGAUCUCCCUUGGGCAGUGGUUUGCAACCUUUUUUCAUUUGCCAACCCCUUUGGAAAUCUCGAAUGGAGGCACGGACCCCUUGCAUUGUACAUGUGCCGUUCACAUGCUUUUGAUUGAUCAUAGUCAUCUUUAGCAGACCCCUUAGACAUAGUCUGUGGACCUCCAAGGGUCCGUGACCCACAGGUUGCAAACCAGUGCUCUAGAGCGAUCCAUCCCCUAUUUAAUACCCUCCCCUGCAUCCAAUGCUUUUGGGCUGGCGAUGCCAGAGGAAACGUCUCCCCCGGCCCUGUUCACCAGCUAUGAACAGAGCUGUCUUCCAUGAACGUGUCCAGGCCCUGGUUGAACCCGGCCCCGGCGGGGGGGAAGCUGACUUUUCAUCCUCCAUAGCUGCUGCUUUGAUUCCCCUGUGCUCUGGGUGGGCGUUCGAGCCACCCCGUGGGCUGGGAAACCCUGGGUGUCUCGGUGAGAGGGGCCUGGAGCCCAUAUGAGUGGCAGGGCAAGGAGGCAGCGCUGGGCUCAGCCAGGCCCUGCACCCCGUCGCUGGAGAGACCUCGGGGCUAGAAGCAGCGUCAGCUCGGCCUUUUCUUCCGUGAUCCGGUGGUGCCCGGAUGCAGAACGAGAGACCCCAGAGCACGUCUGGGCCCCGGUUCUGCCGGCUCUGGCUCCGUCUGGGAGCCAGCUGCAGCAGGGAUAGGCAGGCCCGUGGCUGGUGUUUCUCAUCCUUCAGCAAAGGUGUCUCGCUGUGGCCGUCCUCGCGGCAGUUACAGGACAGCGGUGACGAGAGGCUGUGUCAGCCGGAGUCGAGUGGCGCUAUGGGCAUGCCUGGGACUCAAGUCUUCUGAGACAUAGCUGGGCUUUGACCCUGCCUUGCUGUGUGACCCUGGGAAAACCUUGUAGCUUCUCUGCCUCAGUUUUCCCCUCUGUGAAAUGGGGAUAAUGAGGCUAACUGUACCUACCUCGCAGGGGAGUUGUGAGGGCCAACUUGCCCACUGCUGUCUGUGCGGGGCCUGGAGGGGAUGUGGUGCUGGGCUCUGGGACUGCGACGUGUUACUGUCAUUACUGCUGCUGUGGACAUGGGAGGGCUCCCCCGUGCCCCGGAGGAUGCCCGCGGUUGACCCCUUGGUGCAGCAGCACAAAGCCCAUCUGUAUUUAUAUCUUUAGCCUUUGUUUUUUCUAAUUUAGAAACUAAUAAAAGUUGGCAGUGGAAAAGCAAA